AUGGCUUCAAAUUUUUACUGGGGUGACAUUGAUGGCUGGCCAAAGAUGCAUUGGAUUUCUUGGGAGCGCCUAUGUUUAUCAAAGGAGAAUGGUGGUUUGGGCUUCCGUGAUUCUUCUCUUCAUAAUAGUGCACUUCUUUCAAAGAUGGCUUGGCGUUUAUGGUCUGAUCCCAAUAGUCUUUUAUUUCAUUUUUUAAAGGCUAUAUACUUCCCACACAAUGACUUUUUGGAUGCUACUUGUGGACAUCGGCCUAGUUGGGGAUGGCGAAGUCUUAUGGAAGGAAACCGGGUCUUGGCUGAAGGUUUAUGUUGGAGAAUUGGAACUGGUUUGAAUGUCGAUAUAUGGCAAGAUGCUUGGGUUCCUACGUUGGCAGAUUUUAAGGUUACCACACCUUAUACACCGCUAAUAUGGCCUUCAAAGGUUUCAAACCUUAUUGAUGAAUCAAAUAGGACUUGGAGCGAUGAUGUUCUAUCUUCCUAUUUUAAUGAUGCUGAUAUAGUAGCAAUUAAGAAGAUUAAUUUGUCACUCUUUCCACAACCUGAUAAGUUGGAAUGGAUGGGAAGUAGGAAUGGAGUUUUCUCUAUUCGAAGUACUUAUCAUCUUCUUUCUAAUAAGGAACAAGCACGUACGUCAUUUAUCAGCAACGUCUGCCUCAAGGUUAAAUGA